AUGGAAAGUUCGAUUCUCAAGACUAUUAUAAUUACAGGACCACCAGGAGUUGGUAAAACAACGCUGAUUUGCAAGGUUUGUUCCAGUAUUAAAGAUAAAGGACACAUCCUCCAGGGUUUUUAUACAGAGGAAGUGCGAGGAGAGGGAAAUAAGCAAAGGAUCGGUUUCGAUGUGGUGACGCUGGCAGGAAAACGAGGAAUCCUGGCACGCGAGAAUCCAGGAGACAAACUGCGCCGCCCCAAAGUGGGCAAGUACUCGGUGUUUGUCCAGGAAUUUGAGGAUCUCGCUUUGCCACUCUUGGCUAUUCAGGAUUCAAAACUCCUAAUCAUCGACGAAGUGGGCAAAAUGGAGCUGUUUAGCAAGCGUUUUGAGUUGGCUGUGAGUGAUCUCCUAAAGAAAACCAGACCAUUAGUGGUCUCUGUACCCGAAAAAUCCAACUUGCCUUUGGUGGAGCAGCUGAAGAAAGCGCCCAACUCAAAACUCUACACAGUAACCAAAACCAAUAGGAAUUCUUUGGCUGAUGAAAUUACAGAUCUGAUUACACAGUCACUUGUGGUAACAAAAUAAA